AUUUUUAUCACUUUCUUUCCCCAAGACCAUAUCGCUCUUUAGUUUAGAGCUUGUGGUUUUGCCACUUUCCGAGACAGUCGUGCCUGCAUUCUCUGAGCAAGAUGUAUCCGCAACAUGGUGCUCCCAUGGCACCCCCUCAGAAACCGGAAACAUUUAUGCUUUCAAACGAGGCACAGCAAAGCCUUCCUCACGACGCGCAAGUCGCGCUACAGCAAGUUGACAAUUUGAAGUACUUCCUCCUUUCUGCGCCAGUGGACUGGCAACCAGAUCAACUCAUUAGACGGUUCCUACUCCCUACUGGCGACUACAUAUCUUGUGUUCUAUGGAACAAUCUUUUCCACAUCUCGGGUACCGAUAUAGUUCGGUGUCUCGCCUUCAGAUUUCAAGCUUUCGGGCGCCCCGUCAAGAAUUCGAAGAAGUUCGAAGAGGGUAUCUUUUCCGAUCUGCGUAAUCUCAAGGCUGGAACAGAUGCGACACUAGAAGAACCGAAAAGUCCAUUCCUUGAUUUUCUCUAUAAGAACAAUUGCAUUCGAACACAGAAAAAGCAAAAAGUUUUUUACUGGUAUAGCGUUCCGCAUGAUCGGCUGUUCCUCGAUGCUUUGGAACGUGAUUUGAAGCGGGAGAAAAUGGGACAAGAGGCGACUACCGUCGCGGUCAGCGAGCCUGCUUUGUCCUUCGAGUUUGAUUCAUCUCAAUCGUUGUAUGAACAGCUCACAAAGGCACAACAAGCAAACUCAUCAUCGUUUACUGCACACGCAAGUACGACAUAUGGCCAAUCCGCUUCCCCAGUGGUUCGGACCGUUGACGCUAUGCCUCCUCCCCAGAUGGCUCCCCAGAUGGCCCCCCCGACGAUAUCACUCCUCCCGGACGAAUCUGGCAGUCCAGCGAUUUACAACCCGAUCCCCAUGCCCAAUACCCUGGCGCAGAACGUUGUUAAGCGCGAGUUAGAUUAUGGGACAAUCCAGUAUGAUCGCAAUGGAAUGCCCAUUGCUCGUGUGCAUCAGCGCCAUGCCUCCAUGCCAACUUUCGUCGAGUAUUCGCCGGCACCAUCGUUCGUUUCGUCCCAAUACGAAGAUUACAGCAACCGGGGAUUGUCCUUUGAACCUGUUACGCCUCCACAGCACAGUGUUCCGCUUGGCACUGAACCAGCAUAUAUUGCUAAUGAAGAUACCGGCCUCUAUACCGCUAUCCCUGAGAUCUCUUCUGCUGCUGCAUUCAACCCAAUAGGGCUCUCCAACAUACAAGCAACGGCGGCGUCGAUCCUCGAUACCACCGGGCGUAAUAACCCGAUCGCUACUCCCACUCAUGCUCAAGCGCCGGGACCCUCUCAACCAAUUGCGUACGCUGCUCAUAGGCCAAGUGAUCUACGGCGCUCCGUUUCCAGCUCGGUGGCCCCCCUCGCUGAGGUGGAAGAGCCACGUCAUGACUCGUCCCGCCGUAUCAUGAACGGUUAUCCGACGGGCGCCCUUCCGCAGAAGAAUUUGCUACACGAGAUGUCUCGCAAUGGGACGCCACUUUCAAGCCUCGAGGAAAAUCCUGAGCAGAGCGCCAUGCCACUUGCGAAUCCUGAUGAGUUGACAGCACUUCCUAAUGGCGAUGUUCUGGAGACAGGCGCGCAGCACAGUGUGAUGAACAAAGCGGAGCGGUUUGUUCCCGGCCCUGUUCGCCGCGCUCGAAGCGCUACAAUGAUGGAGCUUGGCCCUUAUCCCCAGAAAUCACAUUCAUGCCCUAUCCCAUCAUGUGGGCGACUCUUCAAGAGAUUAGAACACCUGAAGCGGCAUGUGAGAACCCACACUCAGGAAAGACCCUACCCUUGUCCUUACUGUAACAAAGCCUUUUCGCGCUCUGACAAUCUUGCACAACACCGUCGAAUCCAUGAGGCUCAACAGGAUGGCCAACAACCACUCCAUGCGCAAGACGAGGACCUGGAUAAUGAGGACAACGAACUCGGUUCGCAGGAUGAGGGAUCGUCCCCUUCGGAGUCCAUUCCAAGUACCGUGGUGAAUGUCUCCACUGUCACGUCAAUGCCUUCUACCAUGACCCUGCCUUCUGCCAUGUCUACCAUGAUGGCACCUCACAUGGUUGCUCCGCAACUUCUACAGCAGCAGAUGUAGAAGGCGUGAGGGAAAGUAUGACUCCAGUGGUACUUUCCCCAAUCUCGCGAAAUUAAUAAUGACUCCGAUUUUGCCGACCGUAAUCCCUACGGUGGAUUUUGAUAGUCCGGGGUCGGAUAUUUUACAUGCUUUAGAAUAUUUGUUUAUACCAUUUGUUGAAUCAUUUAAUCCAGCCAUUAGAUUCUCCAAUUGUGACUUGGCUGCUGGACUACUACAUCACGCUAUUGAGACAUGUUGAGAGGGUGUUCUAAUCUCUGCUCUCCAACCUACCGCCAGGGUCUGAGAAUUUCAGUGCAGGUUUGCCGAUUUUCUAGUCUACUGUCCGGAAUGCGUUGGAUUUUGGUGUGUGUACAUGUGUUACUGGUCGUCAUCUACGCUACGGUUCUACCAUAAUUAGUUCUGAGUUUUUUUUCUGGUUGUUUUCAUUUGUU